GGGGCAGGCGGCCUGGGGAGCUUUCACUUGCUGUCCCUAUUGUCCUUGAGCCAGGGAGAGAAAUCAGGAGAUGGGCUGGUCCACCGUGGUCCAGAGGCCCUGAGUCCCGUGCUUAUUCAGUGCCCAUACUUAGGCUGAACGUCUUAAGUGCUCAAUGCCCGGGACCAGACAGAUUCAGCCUCUCCCUGUGGAGUGCAGUCUGAUAGGAUAAACAUAUUGAGCAAAUCAUUUUCAUCAGAGGCGGUGGCAAGCACUAGCAAGGGGAAUCCCGGAUGGCGAGAGUAACUCUCCUGGAUGGAUGAGGGGUUCAGGGGAGCUCCAUUUCAUCCUGGCUAUCUAGCUCCCUCUGGUAGAGUUAGUCAGGCACUUCUGAAAUCCAGGAAGCAGGAGGCCCAGGCCACAUACUGGGAACAGCCUGGGUGAACGGGAAAGAUCAGCAGAGGCCCCUUAAGGCAGGGUCUUAGAAACAUGUAAGGACAGGGCAGGGUUUUGCGGGGGUUGGGGGGAAUGACAUGAGUAGUUACUUUCUAAAAGCCCUUUCUGGGGGAGUUCCUGUUGUGGCGCAGCAGAAAUAAACCUGACUUGUAACUAUGAGGAUGAGGGUUCAGUCGCUGGCCUUGCUUGGUGGGUCAACGUUGUCCUGAGCUGUCACAGCUCACAUCUGGUAUUGCUGUGGCUGUGGCCGGCAGCUGUAGCUCCUAUUUGACCCCUUCACAGCCCUGAUAAGACCUCUCUUCCCCCCACCCCAAAAAGUCUUUGGGAGCAGGGUUUGAGAGAGUGGUAGGAAUCUGUGAAGACGCUCGAGCAGCUCCUCAGAGAGGAAGGUGCCAUGGCCUGGACCGUCAUGAAAGUAACUGAGAGGAAGGGGAGGGACAGUGUGACACCUCUGCUGAAAUGAGGGUCUGCUUGGAGAGUGGGAUGGAGGAAGGAGCCCGGGCUGGGGAAGGGCUAGGCUGGAUGCACCUUGGGAUAAAGAUGUUGAGGAGGAGGAUGUUCAGGGCUGGUACCCAGGCCUGACCUCCCAUGGCCAGCAGGGGGCCCCCAAGGUCCAGCCUGUUCAACCACUGGGGAAUCUCUGGGAACACGGGCCGUUGGACUGCCUAUAACAUGGGGAUGCUAUCACCCGCCUCACAGCUGAGAGGGUUAAAGAAGCUAUGCCAUCGAGCGCAAGAUUGAGCCUUUCUACAAGGGCGGGAAGGUGCAGCUGGACCAGACUGGGCAGCACCUCUUCUGCGUCUGUGGUACCAGAGUCAACAUUCUGGAUGUGGCCUCGGGGGCUGUGCUGCGGAGCCUCGAGCAGGAGGAUCAGGAAGACAUCACUGCCUUUGACCUCAGCCCCGAUGACGAGGUGCUGGUGACGGCCACCCGGGCGCUGCUGCUGGCCCAGUGGGCCUGGCGGGAGGGCAGCAUCGUCCGCCUGUGGAAGGCGAUACACACAGCCCCUGUGGCCGCCAUGGCCUUCGACCCCACCUCCACACUGCUGGCCACAGGCGGCUGUGAUGGGGCCGUGCGCGUCUGGGACGUCGUGCGCCACUAUGGGACACACCACUUCCGGGGCUCGCCGGGUGUCGUGCAUUUGGUGGCCUUCCACCCGGACCCCGCCCGCCUGCUCCUCUUCUCCUCAGCCGCAGACGCUAGCAUCCGUGUGUGGUCACUACAGGACCGCUCGUGCCUGGCCGUGCUGACUGCCCACUACAGCGCUGUCACCUCUGUGACCUUCAGUGCCGACGGCUACACCAUGAUCAGCUCGGGCCGGGACAAGAUCUGCACUGUCUGGGACCUGCAGAGCCUCCAGGCCACGAAGACCGUGCCAGUGUUUGAGAGCGUGGAGGCUGCAGUGCUGCUGCCAGAGGAGCCGGCGCCUGAGCUGGGUGUAAAGUCCACAGGCCUGCAUUUCCUGACGGCCGGCGACCAAGGCAUUCUGCGCGUGUGGGAGGCGGCCUCUGGGCAGUGUGUACACGCACAGCCCCGGCUGCCAGGCCCCGGGCAAGAGCUGACCCACUGUGCCCUGGCCCGAGCCGCCGGCCUGCUCCUCAGCGUCACUGCCGACCACAAUCUGCUGCUCUAUGAGGCCCGCUCCCUGCAGCUGCAGAAACAGUUUGCCGGCUACAGUGAGGAGGUGCUGGACGUCCGGUUCCUCGGGCCCGAGAACUCCCACGUAGUUGUGGCCUCGAACAGCCCCUGCCUAAAAGUGUUUGAGCUGCAGACCUCAGCCUGCCAGAUCCUCCACGGCCACACAGACAUCGUCCUGGCCCUAGACGUGUUCCGGAAGGGGUGGCUCUUCGCCAGCUGUGCCAAGGAUCAGAGCAUCCGCAUCUGGAGGAUAAACAAGGCUGGAUUGGUGGCCUGUGUGGCUCAGGGCUCUGGGCACACACACAGCGUGGGCACCAUUUGCUGCUCAAGGCUGAAGGAGAGCUUCCUGGUGACGGGCAGCCAGGACUGCACUGUGAAGCUCUGGCCCCUCCCGGAAGCCCUGCCAUCCAGGAGCACUGCCCCCGACAGCGGCCCUGUCCUCCUGCAAGCCCAGGCCACACAGCGCUGCCACGACAAGGACAUCAACAGUGUGGCUAUUGCCCCCAACGACAAGCUGCUGGCCACAGGGUCACAGGACCGCACGGCCAAACUCUGGGCUCUGCCCCAGUGCCAGUUGCUGGGCAUCUUCUCGGGCCACCGGCGUGGCCUCUGGUGUGUCCAGUUCUCGCCCAUGGACCAGGUGCUGGCCACGGCCUCGGCAGACGGCACCGUCAAGCUCUGGGCCCUGCAGGACUUCAGCUGCCUCAAGACGUUCGAGGGGCACGACGCGUCUGUGCUCAGGGUGGCCUUUGUGAGCCGCGGCACGCAGCUGCUGUCCAGCGGCUCCGACGGGCUCGUGAAGCUCUGGACCAUCAAGAGCAACGAGUGUGUGAGGACGCUGGACGCCCACGAGGACAAGGUCUGGGGGCUGCACUGCAGUCGGCUGGACGACCGCGCCCUCACCGCUGCCAGCGACUCCCGCGUCAUCCUCUGGAAGGAUGUGACCGAGGAGGAACAGGCCGAAGAGGAGGCCAGGAGAGAGGAGGAGGUGGUCAGGCAGCAAGAACUGGACAACCUGCUCCAUGAGAAGCGGUACCUGCGGGCGCUGGGCCUGGCCAUCUCCCUGGACCGGCCCCACACCGUGCUGACCGUCAUCCAGGCCAUCCGAAGGGACCCUGAGUCUUGCGAGAAGCUGGAAGCCACAGUGCUCCAACUGCGGCGAGACCAGAAAGAGGCCUUGCUGCGCUUCUGUGUCACGUGGAACACCAAUUCACGGCACUGCCACGAAGCCCAGGCUGUGCUGGGCAUGCUCCUGCGGCACGAGGCCCCGGAAGAGCUGCUGGCCUACGAUGGCGUGCGGGCCUCCCUUGAGGCCCUGCUGCCCUACACUGAGCGGCACUUCCAGCGGCUCAGCCGGACACUGCAGGCGGCCGCCUUCCUGGACUUCCUGUGGCACAGCAUGAAGCUGCCCACGCUCCCCGCAGCGCCCCCAGCCCUCUAAACCCCCAGAAAAAUGGACUUUGAUCUCUGC